AUGCCGGUAAGAAUUGAUUUGUCCUCCACAUCAUCCGUGAGGAUGAUAGCAGUCAACGAGGACAAUUUAGCCUGCGCAUACCUUGCCAACCUCUACAUUCCAAUUUUCACUCUGGAUACCGGAAGUCGAGUUCGUCGCUACGAAGUGUCCAACCAACUCGCUGGAAUCCACUUCAGUCACAAUAAGAAAAGUGUGAUCUACGCUGUCGACGACUCGUUCGGUUUGCAUCUCUUCGACGUCCGCUCCGAUUCGAAGAAGAAGUUCCGAUUGAAUCCAGAAUCCGAGAACCACAACGUCAAUUGUACAGCAAUGGCCAACGAGAUCAUCGCCGUCGCCAGCUCGGAGUUCGGAGGUGGAAUUCUUGAUGUUCGUGGUUCUCGUCGUCGCGAACACCAUGCUCAUGUCAUCUCGCUUUAUGACGUUCGCUACCCAACCGACCCGAUUACCAGUUACUAUAAGCGCCACAAAGCCGGAGUCGUCGACAUGCAGUUCUACCUCAACGGAACUCAUCUCAUCACUGGCGACACCGAUGGAUCGCUCAAAUCUUUCGACACUAAGCUCAGAGAUGAGGAUAACGCCAUCCGUUGGGAGAGAUGGGUGAAAGGACCAAUCACCAAAGUUGGUGUCAUCAACAAGCGUAUUGUCUAUGGAAUCAGUGACCGCUCCGAGGCCACUGUCUUUGUGGACGCCAAAGGAAGUCUGGAGGUGCUCUAUGGAAGCGUUAACACUGCUGCCAAUGAGCCAAUCCUCAAUACUUCAAAAGCUUUCUUCAAGAAGCCAGAAUGGUGUGCUGGUCUUAUUAAAGGAGUCACCGACGAGAUACCGCUGGUUGCUGUUCAUGGAGUUGAGAAAAAAAAAUUUAUCUCCCUCACAGCUAUGAACCAGGAAGGAGUUCGUCAAUCCACGCCAAUGCUCACAUACAAGGGACAUACUGGAGACGUCAAGUGUAUGACUGUCACACCGGAACUUCUUAUCACUGGAGGAGAAGACGGAAAGGUCGUUGUCCAGAUUUCCAACUUCAAAAAUCCAAAGUUCGGAGAGGACAACACCCACCAACACCAUCGUCUCACUUUGAAUCGGGGAGACCUUGCUGAGCUAGAGGACAACGGUGAAGGACGUGUUGAAGAAGUCUCUGAUGACAGUGACAGUGAUAGUGACUCCAAGGCUCCUGGAUCCUCUUCCAAGCCAAGCACCUCUAAGUCAAGCUCGAAACCAAGCUCGUCUUCUGCUGGAGCUAGCUCCUCAUCUGCUGGCCCAAGUACUUCUGGACCAUCGUCUUCAUCGAAGUCGAAGUCAUCGAAACCUGAUAAGGAAAAAGAGAAGGAAAAGGAGAAAGAAAAGAAGGAAAAGAAGGAAAGAAAGGAAAAAGAGAAGGAAGAAGAAAAGGAGAAGGAACGGAAGAAGAAGAAAGAAGAGAAGGAGCGUAAGAAGAAGCAAGAGGAAGAGGAGGCUGAAAAGGAGAAGAAGGCUAAAACGGAAGAAAAGGAAAAGAAGGAAGAAAGGGCUAGAAAGGAAGAGAAGGAGAAGCGUAAGAAGGAGGAGCAAGAAAAGAAAGAAAAGAAAGCCAAGGAUGAUCAACCUUCAACAUCUGCCGCAUCGGCACCAUCUUCAUCCUCUUCCAAACAGGAAACCAAGGAGGAGCGUAAAGCUCGCAAGGAACGUGAAGCCAAAGCUCGUGAACUUGCUGAAAAAAAGAAGAGUGAACCGAUGACUGAAGAGCAGAAGAAGUAUGCCGAGGAGCGAGAAGCCAGAAGAUUGGCAAAGUUGGCCGAAACUCCUGAACAACGUGCCGCGCGCAAGCAGAAAGCUCGUGAAGAGCGUGAACGUCUCGAAAAGUUGGAGAAAGAAGCCAAGAAGGCCAAGAAACGUGACGGAGAAGGAAGCUCAUCGAGCGACCCUAAACGGGCUAAACAUUAA